UCUGAAGAUUCAGAGUUCAGACUGUGUGCGUGUUGUGUUAUAGAUUCCCAGUUUCCCACAUGGUGUUGUCGAUUUUCUAGCUAACAAAAAAAAAGUUUAGUUCAAGUUGAAGUUGUUCAAAGAAAAAUAAUUCUAUUUGCUCUUAGUGAUUUGAAUUUUACAUAUUGAAAAAAUGGCGAGAUCACUUCAAGAUCUGUUUUUAACUACGUAAUUCUUGGAAAAGAAUGGAAUUGGCGCCAAAAAAUUUCCAUGAUGGCGGACCGUUUGCUUACCCGUCCUUUUCUCAUUCAUCAGGCACUUUUGUCGAUGAAACAGACGUUUGUUAAUCGCCAUGGAGAUGGAGUGUGGUCAAGUUUUAUUGUAGUGCAUUGUGACGAACGUGAUAUUCCUGUCUUACUGUCAUCUUCCAGAAGAAAGGCUUGGAUCAGCCCAGGCAUCCAUAACUGUGUUGAAGGCACCUUCAACUAUUUCUUGAACAAGAAUCCAGAAAACCAGCUUUACCAAAGUUGUAAGGAGAGACUGGCCGAGUGAAUGAAAAACUUCCAAGAGCAGAACAGCUACAGGCGUCCUUUUUUUUUAGUUGGCCAAUUGUGGUUUGCCAAUAACAGUAAAGAUGAGGAAUGUUUCUUUGAAACAACUAGAAAUUAUACAUUGAUCUCUGUUUUGCUCAAAAUAAUCAACUCAAAAUGUUUUAUCAGAUGAUGACAAGUGCUUUCAAACGAGAAGUGUUUCAUCUAAUUCACUGUGCUGCCUUAACUGGAACAAUUAUUUUGGUGAUAAAUCUGGGUGGUGGAACUGGAAGAAAUAGAUUCAAUUGCCUUUGAAAAAGAAGAAACUUUGAGUUCAUGGGAACAGUAUGGUUUUUUUCUAGCUGCAUUUCUCUACUUUACUAGGUUCUUGACACUGUUGUGCCUGCCCAUGGCUUUAUUCAACUUUUUGGGUCUUGUGCUUUUCAAUGCAUUUCCUGAUCAACCAAAAACAAAGAUUUUCUCUAGGCGCGACCAUGUCAGUGUUCCUUUUGUUUGCUUUCGUGUGGUUACUAAAGGAGAUUUCCCUCAAUUGGUACGCAAUAAUAUUUUGAAGAACCGAAAAAUUUGUGAGGAAACUGGUCUUGAGCACUUUACAUUUGAAGUUGUGACAGACAAAUUAAUAUCCUUGGUCACUAGCAAAAAAGUACGUGAACUAGUUGUUCCGGAAGAUUAUUCCACCAAAUCUGGAGCUUUGUAUAAAUCAAGGGCACUUCAAUAUUGUCUGGAAAAAGAGGUCAACAAUUUGAAUGAUGACGAUUGGAUCGUACAUCUUGACGAAGAGACCCUACUUACGAGCGGUUGUAUCAAAGGGAUUGUAAAUUUCAUUUGCGAGGAAAAACAUAAUUUUGGUCAAGGCGUGAUAACAUACAAUAACGACGAGGUCGUCAACUUGAUGUUAACCUUGUGUGAUUCAAUUCGUGUCGCCGAUGAUAUGGGAAAAGUGCAAUUCCAAUUAAAGGUGAUGCACAUGCCAAUUAUGGGAUGGAUAGGAUCGUAUGUCAUAUCGAAUGUGGGAGCUGAGAGAGAUGUAAGCUUUGAACAUGGACCAAGAGGCUCGGUGGUAGAGGACGCUUACUUCGGACUCGUGGCAGCCAGCAAGGGCUACUCGUUUGGUUUCAUCGAAGGUGACAUGUGGGAGAAAUCGCCUUUCACUAUUAAGGAUUUCCUGCGACAAAGAAAAAGAUGGCUACAAGGACUUCUACUUGUUGUUCACUCAUCAGAAAUUCCUUUGAGGUUUCGAAUUCUUCUUGGUUGCUGCGUAUAUGCAACAGCGACGGCACCCUUGGCCACUUUAAAUGUGUUUCUUCAACCAUUGUUCCCAAUUCAGAUUAGUCGUUUUGUAGAUCUCUGCGGAUGCUUCGCUGGAGGCGUUAUCAUCUACAUGAACCUAUACGGAACGUUCAGAUCCUACACCUACAGUGCCAAGCACGUUGGGAUAGGCAAACUCCUACUUCUAUCCAUCCUAGGAUUUGUCGUACAACCAUUUAAAUACAUUUUGGAAAUUAUUGCUAUUUUGUGGGGAUUAAUGACAGCCAAAAACGAGUUUGCGAUAGUUGAUAAAAUGUAGAGCAGAACGAAAUAGAAAACACGGUUUCCGUAGUUCGAGUCUAGUUCCGGACAGUAUAUAAAUAAAUUUUUGAACCAAA